ACAAAAAAAGCCGCGUGAAAAAACUACGACGUGAUUAAGACGAACGUAGAGAGAGAGAGACAAACUAAUUUCUGUCACUUUUUUGUAACAUAAUAAUUCAAUAACAAUAUGAAUAUCCGCUGUGCAAAACCUGAGGAUCUCAUGAAUAUGCAACAUUGCAAUUUGCUUUGUUUGCCCGAAAACUAUCAAAUGAAAUACUAUUUCUAUCAUGGUUUAACCUGGCCACAGCUCAGCUAUGUUGCCGAAGAUGACAAGGGCAAUAUUGUUGGUUAUGUUUUGGCAAAAAUGGAAGAGCCCGAACCGAAUGAAGAAAGUAAACAUGGUCAUAUUACGUCGUUAGCUGUAAAACGUUCAUAUCGCCGAUUGGGACUGGCUCAAAAGCUCAUGAAUCAAGCCUCACAAGCAAUGGUCGAAUGCUUUGAUGCACAAUAUGUAUCGUUACAUGUACGGAAAAGCAAUCGUGCCGCAUUGAAUUUGUACACAAACUCAUUAUGCUUUAAGAUUCUGGAAAUCGAACCAAAAUAUUAUGCAGACGGUGAAGAUGCGUACUCAAUGCGACGAGACUUAUCCGAAAUUGCAAAAGAAUUAGACCCAGAGAAAGCCAUAGAUACCAACGAAACCAGCAAUGAAAUUGUGUUUAAAACUAAAUCACAUUCAGACGGUCAUGGACAUGCCCAUCACGAUGGCCAUUGUUGCUCUUAAACCCCGCCAACACUUUUUUUUUUGUUUUUUUCCUAUGAUUUAGUUCGUUUGUUCCAUCAACCAAACUCACUCAAUUGUUGACGAUAGAGUUUGAUAACAACAAAUUAUUCAAUAAAAUACGCGAAAAAAACGGGA